AUGCAGGUGAGGAUGUCCUGCUGGUGGACGAAAAAAAUGAAAAGGACCUCCAAAUACUUUGGCUUUCAUAAGUCAUUAGAUGGGGCAAUGGACCAAGAAAUAAGUCAUAGGAUACAGUCAGGCUGGAGAAACUGGAAAAAUGUGUCAGGAGUUUUGUGUGAAAACACAAUUAGUGUGAGAAUGAAGGGAACGUUAUACAGGACGGCGGUGAGACCAGCAAUGGUGUGCGGGGCAGAGGCGUGGCCGAUAAAAAAGAACCAGGAGAGACUUCAUGUGGCAGAAAUGUGUAUGUUCAUGUGGGUGGGUGUAGUUGAGAGAAUUGACAGGAUUAGUAAUGAUAUAAUGCGAUAG